GGCAGCGAUCGGCACCAUGGAGAGCAGCGUGGUGCACAUCUUCAAAGAGGACAGGUGUCCCUCGGAGGACUGUUUUCCAAACUUCACCGAUCUACCCGGCUCCUCAGACGUCUUCAACUACACCUCCAACGGCACCUGGGACGCUGAACCCGAGCCCAUGUCGCCCAUCAUCCCCAUCAUAGUCGCGUUGUACUCCGUGGUGUUUGUGGUGGGCUUGGCGGGCAAUUGUUUGGUGAUGUAUGUCAUCAUCAGGUGAGUUUUCCUCUCUGAUAUAUGUCCGUUAUUCAAGUCAUGCCAAAAGCAAUGCGAGUUGCACGCAAAUUCACAUUAACUGCUCAAUUCAUAUGGCAAUAACUUUUUUUUUUUUUUUGGAUCAAUUGCAUCCUCUUAUCAUAAGAACUAAUCUGAUUUUAAGGGAAACAGUUACAUCUU